AUGGCGUCCCGAAAUAGCCUCUUCGGCUUGGUAUCGCUGAUACUUCUCGCUGCCGGCCUGCUCUUUAUGUUCUUCAUCCUCCUCGCCGGCGCGAUUGACGCCAAUCCUGUCAACCGCUUCUACAUUCUCCAAGCGGAUACGGCAAGAAUACCAGGCGCACCUCCGGUUUCGAGAUGGUCAUACUGGAAUGUCUGUGGCGUUCGCAAUGGACGGACCUUCUGCGGCGACCAGGACUACUCAAACAUUCACCCUGCGUUUCCGCUGGAUCCUUCCUCUCGUCGCACCUUCGACACUAGGGUCGGUGUCCCCCGAAAUUUCUUCCAGCAUCAUGCCUACUACUUCUACUUGACAAGAAUCAUGUUUGCUUUCAUGCUCAUGGCCCUUUUCUUCGCCGUCUUGGGCUUGUUCACUGGUCUGCUGGCACUCUGCACCAGACUUGGAUCAUACCUUAGCAGCCUGAUGACCAUGAUAGCCAUGAUAUUCCAGGCGGUCAAUGCCUCUCUCAUGACGGCCGCAUAUAUCAAGGGGCGCAACAACUUCCGCAACAAUGGUCAACGCUCUGAUAUUGGCAAAUAUGCCUUCGGCUUCGAGUGGGCAGCUUUUGCUUGCUUUCUCAUCUGCACGAUCCUGUUUUGUAUGGGCGGAACAUCACGACGAGAUUCAAGCCCCUCAAAACGAAAGGGAUUCGGGUUCGGAGGUAAACGAAGCCGGAGCACGAGGAGCCGAGGUAGCUUUGUACAAGACAAGGAGUAUGGAGUAUAA